AUGUUGGAGAACUGGGCGCUGCAUGCGGACAAGGUGGGGCUGCGAGGGCACUACAUCAUCUUUGCUGCGGAGAGGCAGUGCUUCGACUUCGCCAACCACAAGUGGCCGGGGCAGGCACUUCUCCUCAACUUAGAGGACCAGUUCGUGCAGCAGGAUGGAAACGUGGACCUGUCCCAAGAAAUCGGAUACCAUUCCGCGGGCUUCCUUCGAGUGGCGUCUCGCAGGGCCGUCUACAUCGUGCACCUCCUCGCCUUUGGCUUCUCCGUCCUCUACUCCGAUAUCGACCUCGCUCUCCUGCAAAACCCCCUCCCAUUCUUCGCUCCUAUCUCCUCCUCCGCUGCCUCCUCCUCCCCCUCCUCUUCCACCCCUGCACCGGACUCCGGCUCCCCUCCUGCCGCUGCCCUGCCGAAAGAAUUCGACAUGUUCAUCACCGCAGAUCAAGCCUGGACGGACGGCCCAGAUCACACGGUCAGUCUGGGCGAGCCAGGGCUGCCGGAGGUCAUGUGCUCGUGCUUCCUCUUCUUCCGGCCCACAUUGGGAGCCAAGGCGCUUGUUUCCCUGUGGGCGUACAGCAUGGUGGUGAAAGGGAGUGGGGUGGCCAACGAGAACGACCAGCACCAUCUGGGCCAUGUCCUCGCAAUGAUGAGAGAGCCAGGGAUUGACGCGAAUAUCGGCGUGCUGCCCGGGAAAAAGUUCCCGUCGGGUGAGCUGAUGAAAGAAAAUAUGACGAGAUUCUUGGAGAUGAAGGCGGGGGUGGUGAUGGUGCAUGCGAACUAUGUGGUGGGGAAGCGGAGUAAGAUUGAUCGGCUGAUUGAGGCUGGGGUGUGGCUGCUGCCGCCUCCCCCAAACGAGGGAGAGGAGGAGGAGGGGCAGGGAGGCGAGGAAGGGGAGGAGGAGAUGGAGAGGCGGUUGAUGGGAGUGGCGGAGUGGGUACCAUCACAUGUGGAUGCGGUGGUGAGGCUGGCACCUGGUGUGGCCCGGGAUGGGCCGCUCAUUCUCACCGUGCUCUGCCAUGGCGACUGUGGGUGGUGCACGUGGUGUCACCUAUACAUUUGGUAUGCAUGCUGUGGUGCUUGCAUGCUGUGGUGGUUGCAUGUUGUGGUGGUAUGCAUGCUGUGGUGGUAUGCAUGCUGUGGUGGUAUGCAUGCUGUGGUGGUUGCAUGCUGUGGUGGUAUGCAUGCUGUGGUGGUUGCAUGCUGUGGUGGUAUGCAUGCUGUGGUGGUUGCAUGCUGUGGUGCUUGCAUGCUGUGGUGGUAUGCAUGCUGUGGUGGUAUGCAUGCUGUGGUGGUAUGCAUGCUGUGGUGGUUGCAUGCUGUGCUGUGGUGGUUGCAUGCUGUGGUGGUUGCAUGCUGUGGUGGUAUGCAUGCUGUGGUGGUUGCAUGCUGUGGUGGUAUGCAUGCUGUGGUGGUUGCAUGCUGUGGUGGUAUGCAUGCUGUGGUGGUAUCCAUGCUGUGGUGGUAUGCAUGCUGUGGUGGUAUGCAUGCUGUGGUGGUUGCAUGCUGUGGUGGUUGCAUGCUGUGGUGCUUGCAUGCUGUGGUGGUUUGCAUGCUGUGGUGGUAUGCAUGCUGUGGUGGUAUGCAUGCUGUGGUGGUAUGCAUGCUGUGGUGGUUGCAUGCUGUGGUGGUUGCAUGCUGUGGUGGUUGCAUGCUGUGGUGGUUGCAUGCUGUGGUGGUUUGCAUGCUGUGGUGGUAUGCAUGCUGUGGUGGUAUGCAUGCUGUGGUGCUUGCAUGCUGUGGUGGUAUGCAUGCUGUGGUGGUAUGCAUGCUGUGGUGGUAUGCAUGCUGUGGUGGUAUGCAUGCUGUGGUGCUUGCAUGCUGUGGUGGUUUGCAUGCUGUGGUGGUAUGCAUGCUGUGGUGGUAUGCAUGCUGUGGUGGUAUGCAUGAUGUGGUGGUAUGCAUGCUGUGGUGGUAUGCAUGCUGUGGUGGUAUGCAUGCUGUGGUGGUAUGCAUGCUGUGGUGGUAUGCAUGCUGUGGUGGUUGCAUGCUGUGGUGGUUGCAUGCUGUGGUGGUUGCAUGCUGUGGUGGUUGCAUGCUGUGGUGGUUGCAUGCUGUGGUGCUUGCAUGCUGUGGUGGUAUGCAUGCUGUGGUGGUAUGCAUGCUGUGGUGGUAUGCAUGCUGUGGUGGUAUGCAUGCUGUGGUGGUUGCAUGCUGUGGUGGUAUGCAUGCUGUGGUGGUAUGCAUGCUGUGGUGCUUGCAUGCUGUGGUGGUAUGCAUGCUGUGGUGGUAUGCAUGCUGUGGUGGUUGCAUGCUGUGGUGGUUGCAUGCUGUGGUGGUAUGCAUGCUGUGGUGCUUGCAUGCUGUGGUGGUAUGCAUGCUGUGGUGGUAUGCAUGCUGUGGUGCUUGCAUGCUGUGGUGGUAUGCAUGCUGUGGUGGUAUGCAUGCUGUGGUGGUUGCAUGCUGUGGUGGUUGCAUGCUGUGGUGGUAUGCAUGCUGUGGUGCUUGCAUGCUGUGGUGGUAUGCAUGCUGUGGUGGUAUGCAUGCUGUGGUGGUAUGCAUGCUGUGGUGGUAUGCAUGCUGUGGUGGUAUGCAUGCUGUGGUGGUUGCAUGCUGUGGUGGUUGCAUGCUGUGGUGGUUGCAUGCUGUGGUGGUAUGCAUGCUGUGGUGGUUGCAUGCUGUGGUGGUAUGCAUGCUGUGGUGGUUGCAUGCUGUGGUGGUAUGCAUGCUGUGGUGGUAUGCAUGCUGUGGUGGUAUGCAUGCUGUGGUGGUAUGCAUGCUGUGGUGGUUGCAUGCUGUGGUGGUUGCAUGCUGUGGUGGUUGCAUGCUGUGGUGGUAUGCAUGCUGUGGUGGUAUGCAUGCUGUGGUGGUAUGCAUGCUGUGGUGGUAUGCAUGCUGUGGUGGUUGCAUGCUGUGGUGGUUGCAUGCUGUGGUGGUUGCAUGCUGUGGUGGUUGCAUGCUGUGGUGGUUGCAUGCUGUGGUGGUUGCAUGCUGUGGUGGUUGUAUGCUGUGGUGGUUGCAUGCUGUGGUGGUUGCAUGCUGUGGUGCUUGCAUGCUGUGGUGGUAUGCAUGCUGUGGUGGUUGCAUGCUAUGGUGGUUGCAUGCUGUGGUGGUUGCAUGCUGUGGUGGUUGCAUGCUGUGGUGCUUGCAUGCUGUGGUGGUAUGCAUGCUGUGGUGGUAUGCAUGCUGUGGUGGCAUGCAUGCUGUGGUGGUUGCAUGCUGUGGUGGUUGCAUGCUGUGGUGGUUGCAUGCUGUGGUGGUUGCAUGCUGUGGUGGUUGCAUGCUGUGGUGGUUGCAUGCUGUGGUGGUUGCAUGCUGUGGUGGUUGCAUGCUGUGGUGGUUGCAUGCUGUGGUGGUUGCAUGCUGUGGUGGUAUGCAUGCUGUGGUGGUUGCAUGCUGUGGUGGUAUGCAUGCUGUGGUGGUUGCAUGCUGUGGUGGUUGCAUGCUGUGGUGGUUGCAUGCUGUGGUGGUUGCAUGCUGUGGUGGUUGCAUGCUGUGGUGGUAUGCAUGCUGUGGUGGUAUGCAUGCUGUGGUGGUAUGCAUGCUGUGGUGGUAUGCAUGCUGUGGUGGUUGCAUGCUGUGGUGGUUGCAUGCUGUGGUGGUUGCAUGCUGUGGUGGUUGCAUGCUGUGGUGGUUGCAUGCUGUGGUGGUUGCAUGCUGUGGUGGUUGCAUGCUGUGGUGGUUGCAUGCUGUGGUGGUUGCAUGCUGUGGUGGUUGCAUGCUGUGGUGGUUGCAUGCUGUGGUGGUUGCAUGCUGUGGUGGUUGCAUGCUGUGGUGGUUGCAUGCUGUGGUGGUUGCAUGCUGUGGUGGUUGCAUGCUGUGGUGGUUGCAUGCUGUGGUGGUUGCAUGCUGUGGUGGUUGCAUGCUGUGGUGGUUGCAUGGCUGUUCCAACCAACUUCCAAGCCUAACAGCAUCACUCUAA